GCUUAAAAAGGUCCACAUCCUUUUAAACUAGGUUGUGAUAAAAGUUUUGGAAAUACUACGUCCAUGGUUUGUUUAACUUUCCACUCUGCAUCACCUUGCACACAUACGCAAAACCAAGCUUAGAUUAGCAGCAUGUCUAGUGAACACCAUUGUAGCUCUAUAAGGUAACAAACUAUUCGAUGACAGUUUUUCUACUUUAAAAGUGAGCUGUGGUUACCAAGAGGCCUUUUUGCACAUUAACCUCAGAGAUAUGUGUUCUUAAACUAGCAAGUUACAGGAAGAGACGCAUGUGCAACUGGCCAUGUCAUGUGCAGCAGCUGAAAGACAAAUUAAGUGUUUCAUACUCGGGAAAAAACCAUUGGUAUUCUUCUUUGUGACUCGACAAUUAACGGAAUUGAUGAUUGUGCACAAGAUGGAAAGGAGUUGUCAUUAAACUAUCCUACGAUGUUAAAAUGUGAAGUACAAGAAAAGUCCACCAGUGCCGCUGGGGAAGUCCCAAGGAAAUCCCCUAGUGUCGGAAUUAUUAUUUCGAAAUUGAAGGCGAGCGAGCUCUUCUCCUUAGACAAGAAGACAUGCGACUGAGCCCACGAACACCAACUCGAAAUCGGUACGAGCAAAAUAAUAGCUUAUAUUUAUGGAAUAGUGCAGACGUUUUGCUUGCUUUAGCAACUCUUUAAAGUGAUUGUUUACAGUACGUCUGAAUUCGGAAAAAGGUGUACCAUGAGUAACAUCGAAGUGGUUAACGAUGCGCUGAGUGCCAAGAUAAGGAGCUGUUCUAUACUGACAACGUUUUACCAUGAAACGCAAAGGGAGAUUGCUAAUGUAAGUCAACAGCUACAUUCCCGGGACUCUGUAAUCGCUGAUUUAAAAGCAAGACUUGGAAAAUAUGAGAGGACUGUAAUCAAUGACGAUGGAGAAGAACCUGUUGUGAUUGGACCCUCAAAGUCUCUUUUGGAGAGUUUAUGCAAGGAAAUUUACAAAUUAAAACAAAAAUUAAAAGACUCCGAGGCAGACGGAAACCAGCAGUUGGAAGCAAUCAAACUAGAGGUUGAGCGCCUUCAGCGGCAGGUGAGGGCGAAGGAGGAGGAGCUGGAAAGAGUGGCCCAGCGGACAGACCAGGACCGGACAAGGGAGAUCCAGCGUCUCUGCACAGCCCUGGCCGAGACAGACCGUGUCCAGGCCACACGCACCGUUCUUUGCAACUCCCUGGCUGAGGAGGCCGACCAGCUAAGGAGCCAGCUUGGGGCCACUGUGAGGGUCUGCCAGGAACUGCUGGGCCGUCUGGAGAAGGAGAAAAAGAGAGGGACCCUGACUGAGGAGCCACAAGUCUCAGAGAAAACGGACUCCACAGAGGCAGCACAUCUUAAUGAUUUAGUCACCCAACUACAGGAGGAAAAUCAGCAGCUGAAAAAUAGAGCGGCAUAUGUAGAGAACCUCAAUGCGAAGUGGCAGAAGUACGACUCGAGUCGGGAGAAGUAUGUUAGGGGACUGUGCCAGAGGCUAAAGGAGUCCACUGCGUUGGCUGCUGCCGGCCCUUCGGCUGGUCAGGUGCUCAUGGGACCUGGACUGGGUCUGACACCUGGGGGUUCUAGUCUCCUUCAGCAGGAGAUCGCCAGGCUCAACAACCUUUUGGACGAGAAGAUGAGGGACUGUCAAAGGCUUGUGGAAGAGAGGGACGAUGUUGCCAGAAAGAACCAGGAGCGAAUCCAAAUGCUGGAACAACAGGUCCUUGCAUACAUUGAGGACUUUAAAUCAGAGAGGGCUGAUCGGGAAAGAGCCCAAGGGAAGAUUCUAGACCUUCAGGAGGAGGUGGGCCGUCUCCAGCUGCUAAUCCGCAGUCAGAGCCCGAGAGAGGUGCCCAAAACCUGCCGAAUCCACGCCGGCCGAAAUAAGUCCCCGCACAUGGAUGCCAUGACAGAACCACUGCUAGGCAACAGUCCGGAUCAGCCUGGGUCCAAGCGCUUCCCGGUUCACUCUACACUGAGCGCCACGCGGACGGAGUGCAGGGGUGUGGGUGAUCUACAGUGUCCAUACUGCUUCAGCACCUAUGACGACGCGCACACAACUGAAUACAUGAAGCAUCUUGAUGAGUGUGCCAGACUGUGAGUGAGAGCUUAUUCCCUUCAGACAGACAGGAGCUCUGUCACUCGGCACUAUCACCAACUGCAAAGCACUACAUGCCCCUGAGUCGGAGCAAGGGCCCAACUGACAGUUUCCUCUGACUCACAGUCGUAUCAGAACAAGUGCCUCGCUAGAGUUUUAUAAAUACGAAUACAAAGUCGAAUCUAAAAGGUUAUUUUCUUUGAUUUUAAUGGGAGAACUGGCUAUGUGUUGUGCCAUGUCUAAUCCAUUACUUUUUAUUUAGUUUAUUUCCACAGAAUGCUGCAUGUCAGACAAAUAUGUGUGGCUAGACACAGCAAAAUAUACCUCAGUUGAAUAUUUAGUUUAUCCAAUAGGUGGUAAACUUUGCACUUUUUCGCUCAUUUACUAUUGCCAAAAUGGUUGAAAGCACAAGUGAAUACUUUAGUGUGUUUGGAAACACAUAAGCUUUUGGUAGAUUUCAUGAUAUUAUUAAUACUAUAUAAUAUUAUAUUUUAUUGUGAGUUAUUAUGGUGCUAUUCAUAAUAUUCUGUAAUAUCUAUGUGUAAUAUUCUUGUUUGAUAAAACAGUGUUACUUUUAGUGAAAUAUAUCAGUAUACUUUUAAAUCUGAAUAUCUAUUUUUGUAGUUCGCAUUUACUGAGGUAUGAGAACAUUUUAUCACAAGAGACAUCAAGUUUAGUAUCGUCUAGUUUGACGUUCUCAUCUCUGAUCUACUGUAAAACAUGAAAUACCAUCAUGGAAUAAAAACAGGAUAUACGUACAUGUGAUAUCGCGGUUCACGUCUCACACGUUGUUCCAAACAAAAUUGUUUCAGUUUCAGAUAUCAUGGUUCACGUCAAAGAACAGCUUAACUGCCAAACUUGAAUCUUUCACCUAAGAAAUAUGGGAUGAGUUUUCAUUCAGAGGUUUAUUUUUUUUAAUAAAACACAAUUAUUUCAGA